AUGACCAACGAAGCUAGCUUACCCGAUGAGACAGAAACAUCUGUGAACCCUCAGGAGUUUUCCCAAGCCUUGAAGAGUUUGAAUGAGGCCGAGGCCAAGGCUGCCGAGAUGGAGAAGAUGUUGGACCAGUUGGAGGCCAAAAUGAAUGCGAUUCUCGAGGGUGCAUCCACCCGGCUCGAACUCGACUGA